AUGGAUUCACAGUGUAGGCCUGGACAGCUCAGUAUCCCCAAAGAAUACAUCUACUCACCAAAGAAGGCUAUUGAGAAAAUGGACUAUCCACACUAUUGUGAUCUCCUACGAAAAAUGAAUAUGCCUUUUGUGAAAGGAGUUGAGGACAGACAUGACUAUGGCAGAUUUGAAAAGAAAUGCAAUCCUACUUUUCUUAAAUUUCAUCCUUAUCCCCCUUCAGUUCUGCCAGACUAUCAUUUACACUAUCCUUAUCCUCCGCCUUAUGGGCCAGAUUAUUCAUUGUUUCCACUUCGGGAUGAUGUGCCCUUGAGCGAUCCCUGUUCAGGGUUUUUGAGCCCUGGUGGUGAUGCUGAUUUAAAGCCUGGUAUUGGCAGAACCAUACCAAACCUUGUCAGUUUUAAUGAUGUGAAACCUCAAUUUCGAGUUCCCAGACCAGACACAGGGUUUAAUACAGCAAUCAAAAGGGAAAAAGUCCUGUUUGAAGAACUACAACAAGACAAGAGAUGGAAUUCCAGGGCAGUACCAGACAUUUCCAUAAAGGCGAGACUUGGAGGUUGGACAAGUCCAUCGAAAGUUACUCCUUUACCACCUCUUCAUGAAGGAUGCUCAAUAAAUCACUUGUUUACAUUUGAUGAGGAGCCAACAUGUACAGAAGAUGGUGAACCCCUUUUUCAACGAAGCAAGAAAUAUAGUGAAAAGGAUUCAUUUUACAAGUCCUCUACACAAAAAGCUUACGAAGAUGUUCCUUGGGACAAGAUGCUGGCACCAAAGCUUGAUCCAGUAGAAACAACGCUGGAAAAAGCUGCUGACCUCGUAUCCCAGUGUUUUACGCUGAAAAAAUAUGAAAGGGCACCAGCCAUCACUCAGAUGGUUGGUGGACUCUGGGACAGAUUUCAAACAAGAUCUUUCUUGGCACCGGUCAAACCAAUCAAUUUCGUGAGUCCAAGUUCUAGAAGUAAAUACAUACCACUCUAUACUGGUUGUGUGGAGUCCACAAAUGCUGAUGAUGUUGACAAUCCCUACGGCAACAUCACAUCUGUAGGCAAGCCUCGGGUGUCUAGACUUCUUUAUACAAACACAAGUUGCACUGCAAAUAUUCCAGGAUACACUGGCAAGGUUCAUUUCACAUCCACCCACCCAGCAAAUUCUAAUAUUCCAUCAACAACCCCAUCACCAGAUUCAGAAGUGCACGGCGUCUUACGGAAAGAUGCAGAAUUUGACCUCUUCCGUCACCAGGCACCUCUGUCUCGAAUGGUUACAACUGUCAAACCCUACAACCCCUUCAACAAGAAGGAAAAGGAAACCGUAGGCUACUAA